AUGGCCAAGCUCGAUCAAUUACCAACCGAGGUGCUGCUUGUAAUCAUCGGCCUGGUCCAAUCUAACCGAGACUUCUUGGCUUUCUCGCGAACCAGUCGCUCUUUUCACAAUAUCACCAAAAACGAAUUGCCUCUGAGACGAAAAUAUCGUCGCAUCCGGAUCAAAGAAAACACAGACUUUGACAAGGCAUUUAAUAUUUUGAUCUCUAUCUUGCGGCGUCCCCAGCUUGGUGACUUUGUUCGCCAUAUUGAAUUUGACCAAGCUCCCAGGACAUACAUUAACUAUGAAAUCAACUCCAUUGGUCUGAAAGAGCUUAAGGAUGAAGAUUCGGAGAGAUUGCGGAUUGCUGUCCAAAAUGCCGGCUUCACGGGCGAAUAUGCUGAGAAUGUGAUCAACAUGGCCUUACAGCCGAGUUUUCUUCUAUCCGAGCAUUCUGGAACUGUUCAUAAUCAAUUGCGGCCUGCCUGGGUCGCCCAGGCACUCACGGCGCUGCUGGUCUCUGUGUCUCCAUACUUGGAGACCAUGACAGCAAGCCAAAUUAUGCCCAAUUUCACUGUAUAUAAUUAUGGAGGCACGACAGAAGAUAUAAUACGGUUUCCACUUGAGAAGGUACUCAUAGAGACUAACGCUCAUCCAGAAGGAAAACCUUACCUACAAAAUCUGCGUUCUGUGGAUAUCCUUCCCCAUCAAGGUGACUUCUGGGAAGACGAGCGAACCUACCAUGAGGUUGAUAUCUUUGGUAUGAUUUCUUUGAUCAACCAACUACCAUCCAUGGAGCAAAUUGGUAUCGAUGGUGCGAUCGAGGAUGAAAAUGGGCUUCAAGAUCUUGUUCCAUCCGCGUCGAAUAUCAGUCGAAUCCGCAUCAACCACUCGAAUUUCGAAACCUGGUUCCUCUCGCCUCUCAUUAAUUCAUGUAAAGUUCUGAGAGAAUUUCACUAUACUAUAGAUGGCUGUGGCAGUCCUGAUGGCUCAUAUGCCUCUUUCAAUCCUCGGACUUUCCUCAAAGCGAUGCUGAGUCACAAGGCCACUUUGGAGAUUCUGCACAUUGAUGCAGAUAGUGUCUGCGAUUUUAUUGAUAUGGGAGAGUAUAACGAUCAUUGGCAGGUUGACCGCGAUGAGAAGGAACAAGCACCAUCUCAUAUUGAACCACAGGGACUUUGGGAGCGUACCGGUUCUUUGCGUGAUUUCUCGGCAUUGACUCAAUUAAAUAUCGGUAUCGGUAUUCUCUUGUUCUUAACGUUAGGCACUCAAGGCAUGGAAACCGAGAACCCUGACUGCUCUCCGUCGUUCGACGAGGUUGUGCUCGCGGAUUCUUUGCCAGACACGCUUGAAUCACUAGUCAUCAUAGGGUAUGAGAAAGGGGUUCGGCAAGACUUUGACAAAAUUGUCGAACAAUUCAUGGCCGAUAAAGACACAAAGCUACCUAAUCUGAAGCACGUCAGCGGUGUUGAAGAAAUGAUCGAGAGGGCCCCAAAGGUCGACUAUCCAGACGAGGAGAGCGAGCCCUGGUGGGAGGAAGAGGAGUGGUCAGAGUACGAAUACUGA